AUGAUGAUUAUCUUAAUGGAAGAAAUAUUUCUUACGGAUGCUGACAUAAUACGUCCAGUUGCUUUUCGGCCGUACUUGACAAAAAGGAACGAAACUAAAGAAACGGUUACUGCGGUGAUGUCCUAUAGUAAGCAAGAACACGAAGUACAAAAGAAGAUUCACUCCAGCGAGGAGUUGGAAAAAACUGGCGCAGCCGCCGUGAAUGAUGGGAAUCGACGUGGUGUAUGUCAACCUUCAACGAGCUCAGAGGCUUCAUCGUUGGCAUCUGUACAGUAUAGUGCACGCUCUGUGAAGUCUGAUAUUGAAGAAAACGACUACGAUGUGGUUCCAGAAUAUUACGAACGUGAUAAGGUGUUUUCAGAUGGGAACAAAAAUGAUGAGACAGUGAUAAUAACAAAUAAUUUUUUCAAGAAAUCGUUGUCAACACAUCAGGUGUAUUCAGUUAAUGACGGUCGCCGCAGUUCUGGAGUUCACAUAACUCCAUCACCCAGCGAUUCCGGCAUUGUUGACUACGAAACAAUUAUUAGAGAUAAGGAAAAUGAGUUAACCAAUGUCCGAACUACAAUGGAGCAGAAUGAAGAAAUAAUUAUACGUGUUUACCAAGAGAAGGAACGAGUAUGGGAAGAAGAAAUUGCGGAUCUGAAACAAAAAUUACAGGCAAGUCAACAAGGUGAAAAUGCUCUUCGUUUGCAAAUUCAGCUUUGUAACGAACAAAGAGACGAAUUUCAAAUGACAAUCAACAAUUUACUUAACGAUAAAAAUGCUUUACAGAAAAAGGUAUAG